CAAGGUGCCAGCGGAGCGGAGGCGCCGCCGCUCUCGCUCCGCCGCCCUCCCGCCUGCAGAAGUUUGACUCGGGAGCAGCGCAGCCGCCCGGGGCCGCCGCGGCGGGGCAGGGACCCGCGGUGGGAGACGCCGUGCUUGAGGCCGCCGCGGGACGGGGGUCGCCUCCAGCGGGACGCCGGCGGCGGUAGCGCUGCCCCGGGAGCCGCCCCUCCCGCGACAUGGCAGCGCGAUCCCGGAGACCCUGGCUGAGCGUGGUGCUGGGGCUGGUGCUGGGUUUCACCGCCGCCUCCUGGCUCAUCGCCCCUAGAGUGGCCGAGCUCAGCGAGAAGAAGCGGCGCGGCGCCAGCCUCUGCUCCUACUACGGCCGCGCGGCGGGGCCGGGGGCGGCCCGGGGCGCGGCGGCGGCGGGCGGGCAGCAGGCGCCGCCGGGGGCAGCGGCGGUGCUGGGCGGCACGAGUUUCAGGAGCAGCCCCUGGGAGCUGCCGCCGGCGGCGGCGGAGGGCACGGUCUCCAGCCCCGCUGCCGGCGGGGAAGGGGAGCCGGAGGAGGAGGACGAAGGCGGCGAGAAGCGGAGCGGCCGGCCUGGCGGCAGCCACAACGGGAGCGGGGACUGGGGGGGCGCCCAGGGCUGCACCAAGCCCCGCAACUUUCUCUACGUGGGGGUGAUGACGGCCCAGAAGUACCUGGGCAGUCGGGCGGUGGCGGCGCAGCGGACGUGGGCGCCCUCGGUGCCGGGCCGCGUCGAGUUCUUCUCCAGCCAGGGCUCCGCCGCGCCCCCCGGGAUGCCCCCGCUGCCCGUCGUUGCCCUGCCGGGAGUGGACGACUCUUACCCGCCUCAAAAGAAGUCCUUCAUGAUGAUCAAGUACAUGCACGACCACUACCUGGACAAGUACGAAUGGUUCAUGCGGGCGGACGACGACGUCUACAUAAAAGGUGAAAAAUUGGAGGAGUUUCUUCGCUCACUGAACAGCAGUAAACCUCUGUAUUUGGGGCAGACUGGUCUGGGUAAUAUUGAAGAACUCGGAAAACUUGGGCUGGAGCCUGGAGAAAAUUUCUGCAUGGGAGGGCCAGGAAUGAUCUUCAGCCGGGAAGUUCUCCGGAGGAUGGUGCCACAUAUCGGUGAAUGCCUUCGAGAAAUGUACACCACUCAUGAGGAUGUGGAAGUGGGCAGGUGUGUCCGGAGGUUUGGAGGAACUCAGUGCGUUUGGUCCUAUGAGAUGCAGCAAUUGUUCCACGAAAACUAUGAACACAACCGCAAGGGUUACAUUCAAGAUCUUCACAACAGCAAGAUCCACACAGCCAUAACACUUCAUCCAAACAAAAGACCUGCCUACCAAUAUAGGCUGCACAAUUACAUACUGAGUCGCAAAAUUUCCGAACUGCGUCAUCGGACCAUCCAGCUCCAUCGAGAAAGUGUCCUGAUGAGCAAGCUCAGUAACACUGAAAUAAAUAAGGAAGAUCAGCAACUGGGAGUGGUGCCGUCUUUCAAUAACUUCCAGCCACGUGAAAGGGAUGAAGUCAUCGAGUGGGAGUUCCUGACAGGAAAGUUUCUUUACUCAAUGGUGGAGAACCAGCCACCCCGGCAGAGCCUGAGCAGCGUCCUGCGGACUGCACUGGAUGAUACUGUGAUGCAGGUCAUGGAAAUGAUAAAUGAGAACUCCAGAUCUAGAGGAAGACUCAUUGAUUUCAAGGAAAUACAGUAUGGCUACCGCAGGGUAGACCCUCUGCAUGGAGUAGAGUACAUCCUGGAUUUACUGCUUUUGUACAAAAGGCAUAAAGGAAGGAAAGUUACAGUUCCAGUGAGACGCCAUGCUUACCUUCAGCAAUUGUUUAGCAAACCUUUCUUCAAAGAGGCAGAGGAGCUGGAUGUAAAAAGAUUGCUGGAGGACACCAACAGUGACACUCAAUCUUUCUCUUUCCUUUCAAAUUCUUUAAAGAUUUUUUCGUCGUCAUUCCAAGGCACCAAAGACGCUGGGGGACAGAGUGACAAGAAAAUACAUAUUCUUGUCCCUAUCACGGGGAGAUUUGAUACUUUCUCAAGAUUUAUGGUUAAUUUUGAGAAGACUUGUCUGAUUCCCAAGCAGAAUGUAAAGUUGGCAGUAAUUCUCUUCAGUUCUGAUUCGGGCCCAGACUCUAGCAAACACAUAGAGCUAAUGAAAGAGUACAGCAUUAAGUAUCCCAAGGCAGACAUGACCCUGAUUCCAAUGUCAGGAAAGUUUUCUAGAGGUCUGGCUCUUGAGAUGGCCUCAUCUCAUUUUGACAAUGACACUUUGCUGCUGUUCUGUGAUGUUGAUCUAGUAUUCACAUCAGACUUCCUCCAGCGAUGCAGAGAUAACACUAUUCAGGGAGAACAGGUUUACUACCCUAUCAUCUUCAGCCAAUACGAUCCAAAAGUAAUAUAUGGAGGCAACCCUCCAGCUGACAGUAGUUUUGUUUUCACAAAAAGAACUGGAUUUUGGAGGGAGUAUGGAUUUGGAAUUACCUGUAUUUACAAAAGUGACCUACUUACUGCUGGUGGAUUUGAUACCUCGAUUCAAGGCUGGGGACUUGAGGAUGUAGAUCUCUUUACUAAAGUGAUAACGUCUGGCUUGAAGGCUUUCAGAAGUCAGGAAGUAGGAGUUGUCCAUAUUUUUCAUCCUGUUCAGUGUGACCCCAACUUAGAUCCGAAACAGUAUAAAAUGUGCUUAGGGUCCAAAGCAAGUACAUUUGCCUCUACCAUGCAGCUCGCUGGACUCUGGCUACAGAAACAUUUGGGUGUCAGGUACAAUUGGACUCUCUCCUGACAACUCAGCCUAUUUGGCCUUUUUAGGGGAGUUUACCUCAUUGCUGUUAUUUGAUUUUGCUGUUGUAGUUUAAAACUCCCUCCUUGUAGUCUUCCAAAGACUGUUGACCUCAAACGGGCUGACUCUGCUGUUCACUGACGUUUCUUAUACCUACUGAACUGGUGAGGUGAAUUCCUUCAUAUUUCCUUUAUUUGAAAUUCAGUCUUGCCAUGGAAAUCACACAAGCCCAUGGAGCAUAUUCAUCACAAGAGACUGUAUUAGGAGAAUGUUGUCUUUCAGUUUUUGGAUUCAGUAUCAUCUUUGUUGCAUUUCUCUGAUUUGAUGUGAUACAAAUAUUUACUGGUGAAGGUACCACAAAAGUGCUUUAUGCUUCUUCUGGGGAUGGAACUCUCUAAGAUAAACUUGAGUUUUAUAAUUUAUAUGAGGACUUAUAUGUAUAAAUGCUACUUUUCUUCAUCUUUAGAAUUUUUAAAGUAAAUGAAUAACUAUAACUGUACGUUUAUUUUUUAAAAAAGAGUAAAGCUGAGGAGCUACUUGCAAAUACAACUGGUACUGGCUACCAAGGUCCUUAAAUGUCUUAUUAUUAAAACAAACUCCUCAUUGUUAUUCAGUCAAAGUGUAAAUGAACUUUAUUUUCACAACAAACAGUAUUUAAUCAAAUGCUCAUCUACACUUUGAAGAUUAUUUGAGCCAACAUCCUUCAUUUGCAGGCAAGAGGAAACUAUGACUCAACAUGGUCAUUUAUGAUAAAGUGCAAGCAUAUAGUGUUCUUACUUUGAAACACAUAGGAUAAGUUGUUCUUUCUCUUUUUAGAAUGAGUCUCUAAUACAUACUUAAUUUUACAUUCCUUUCAUAAGGCUGCACUUCAGUGUUAAAAGUUAAAGCUCUAGUUUUUGUUUUACAUUUUUCAUGAAUAUUGGUCCUCAGUAGCAACUUGUUGUUAAAAUUAAAGUAACUGUAGAAUAGUUAUUUAAGUUUCAAAAUUUACUAUUGCUGGUCAAAGUUCCUUGCCAAUAUAUUUAUAUUAGUGGAGGUUAUAAGACUGUUUUCAGAUUUAUUUCUCCAAACCACCUGAAGUUGCCAUAUUGUUGAUUCAUGAAGUAAAGUAUUUAAUACCAACAGGAGAAAUAAUAAAA